GCUUACUUCUUCCUCCUUAACCCAAAUCGAAAUUUUGAUGUGCUAAGCGAUGGAUCCCUUUCUUAGAAAAUUCUCUGCGCCUUGGCCGAUCCUCUUACAAGCUGCGACGUGGACAGUGCUCUUAAUGGUGACGGUGGCUUUUGCGUCUUUGGCUCCGGAGAUGGCGUUUGUGUCUACAUUGUCAUCUUCCUCGAAUCUCUGCGGGGGAGGAAGAGAUGGUUUGGUGAGGAUUCCGAUCGAUUUACCGGGGGAGAUGGUGUGCGUGCCUUCUCAAACGGUGAGGCGAUCACCUUUUGACCUUUUCGUGCCGACCGUUUUCGCGGGAAUUAUGGUCGUUGCAUCAGUUUCUUUAAUCCGAUCUUGUUUUGGGAUCGAAAGCGAUGUAUAGAUACGUACAUGAGUGCUUUAAAGUUCGUUUCAUACAAUGUAUAAGUCUCUAGCCAUAUAUAUUUUAACAUCCAGUGUAUAAAUUU